AUGGCAGCGAGCCAGAAAGCCGCCCGCGUGGGCGAGGAAACACGGGUUGACAAGGUCAAUGCCGAAUUGGUCACUCUUACAUAUGGCACUAUCGUUGCCCAGCUUUGCAACGACUAUGACCAUGACUAUGCCCAGGUCAAUCAGCAACUCGACAAGAUGGGUUACAAUAUUGGCAUGCGACUUAUCGAAGAUUUCCUGGCAAAGUCAAACACUGGUCGUUGCAGCAACUUUAGAGACACCGCAGACAUGAUCUCGAAGGUCGGGUUCAAAAUAUUCCUCAACAUAACUCCAACCGUGACAAAUUGGAGUGCAGAUAACAAACAAUUCUCGUUGUUGUUUGACGAGAAUCCCCUGGCCGAUUUCGUUGAGCUUCCAGACGACGGAAGGGCACAAGAUGAAUUGUGGUUCUCCAAUAUCCUCUGUGGUGUUCUGCGUGGUGCACUAGAGAUGGUGCAAAUGUCAAUCGAGGCACACUUUGUGAGUGACGUCUUGAGAGGGAACGAUGUCACUGAGAUCCGCGUCACUUUAAUCCGAUAUAUCGAGGAUGAAAUGCCUCCCGACGACGACUAG